AUGUCCCGAGAUGUAGUCGACCUCGAGGCGCCCGACAGGCACCGACACAUCAUCCGCGGUGACGUGGAAAGAUGGACAUUUAUCUCCGAAAGAGUGCAGAACAUAACGCGAAAGCUCGGCGGGCAGGGAUUGCGGCAAGUCGUUCGUCUCGUACGGAUUGCGACAGGGCUUGUAACGAAGGACAGACACGCGACAACGAGCUGCAAGGCCCGAAAGAUCGGAAGGCAGGCCCAGGUAGAGGAGUUUACGCGCCAACGGGCGGCCGCCCGGAGUGGCGUCGGCAGAGAGGUGGGACCCACCGCAAGAACUUUGUAGGGCCCCGUCCAGGAAAGUGCGAAUUUGGCCUUGAGCACCUGUCGGUCCGUGUCCUUCUGUACACCCGGUCGAAUUGUAGCAGCCGUGUUGUAAACACCC